CCGAUUUCCUGCCGUCCGAACACUCGUCACUAUUCAUUACAAUUUUUUCGUGUAGUCUGUGAGGACGGAUUUUUCCUUUGCACGUAAAAGUGGUGAAUAAUGUCGGAAAAUCGCAAAUCUAAGAAGAGAAAGAUACAAGAAUUAUUGCAGGAUCUUUUGGAAAACUCAAGCGUCUCGGAGAUUUCUGACGGGCCCCAACCUAGUGACGACGAGGACCCCGAAAUGACCUGUCCCAUUGCCGACCUUUCAAAAGCGAAUCGGGUGCAACCGCCUAAUUGUUUAUUGGCCCUGCUAGAAAAGAAAACAUCGGACAAUUUAGGGCCAGAGGUGCACUCCGAUAUUUUAGACUUGCUAUCAGUUUUCUCGCGGUUUUUGAAAGGAAUAUAUAGACAGAAACCUCCGCAACCUAAAUACCAGAUAACAUGGGACCCUUCCUUAGUUCUGGACUAUUUAGCAAAAAUGUACCCUCUACCUGAGGUAUCGCUGCCUCAGUUGACCUGUAAGCUAGUAACUUUAUUAGCUCUACUUUUCCGGAUGGUCUUGUGGGCACAGAAGGCCUUAUAG